GAACCGUGGACAGGGAGGACCACUGUGACCACGCCCCCACGGUGAUGUGGACCCCGCCCCCAUCCAGAUGUGCUGCCCACCGGCGUCUAGCCAGUGAUCGUCCGCGGUCUGCAGAGCGUGGAGCUCCGAAGAGUCACUCAACAGGAGGCUGGAGAGAGACACCAAUGACAGGAUCUACUCGUUUCUACAAAAAUAAUAAUCGUCCAUCAGGGGUGCUUUGCAUGUACCUGGCCAACUUGAUCCAUAAAUUAUGGCGAAGCAAUUGAAAUCAUCUUUUUGGAUGUGAAGAAGCAGCAGCCAAAGAGCUUCCUCCUCAUCUUCUUUCCUGUGCUCACCUCCAACAUGACUUCACUGUCUGGGUCCAAGGAGAGAUCUGUGGCCGGACGGGGCAGGAAAUACACGAUGCCCGACACAUCCCCCACUAAAUCCGCCUCCUUUUUCCCGGACACUUGGUACCGUAAGACAUAUGAGGAAACCACCCGGUCCAACUCUCGUCCCGCCCCAGAGGGUGCUGGCUCCAUGCCCAGCUCCACGGGCACCCCAUCCCCUGGCUCAGGGAUCUCAUCACCAGGCUCCCUCUCUGGAUCACCGGGGAACAUUUCACCAGGGAUUGGCACGGGUUCUCCCGGGUCUCUCGGCGGCUCUCCAGGUUUUGGGACGGGCUCCCCGGCCUCAGGCAGCGGAAGUUCCCCUGGGAGUGAAAGAGGGAUUUGGUGUGAGAACUGCAACACGAGGCUGACGGAGCUGAAAAGACAAGCGUUAAAGCUCCUAAUCCCGGGACCUUACUCCAGCAAGGACCCGUCCUUCCCCCUCCUCCUCCAUGAUAAGCUGCAGGUCCCCAACAGUUCCCGGCGGGCAUGGAAUGAACGUGACAGUCGCUGCGAUGUGUGCGCUACUCACCUCACUCAGCUCAAACAGGAAGCUGUGCGCAUGGUACUCACCCUGGACCAGUGGGACUUGUCUCCCUCCUCGUCCCCUCCUGCCCUCUUUGGACGCUACACCUCCCAGGGACCUUUAGGAGCAUCCGGCACACGGGAGUGGCCGUCCCCGUUCCUACCGUCUUCUUCCUCCUCAGUUGCUGCUUCUGCCAUAUCGCACCCUUCUCGCUCCUCGUCCCCGUCGCCUUCUCCGAGUCCAGGCCAGACCCCGACUCCCAGCCCCAAUCACGGACCAUCUGCGACAAGUCACGGGAGUCCUACAAGCCAACAGACUCAUACUGCAGGGAUCAGACUCGGGUCCAAACCCAGCUCGCUGGGGCUUGGAGGUGGGGUGGAAAGACGGAACGGGUCACCCGGCUCUGGAAAAGCAGCUGUGGCUCAAGUGAGUGCAGUGAACAGUUCUGGGAAUAACAGUGCAAACAGUAGCAACAACACAUCAGGUCUACAGCAGCUAAGUAGAACUAAUGGCGGAGUCACACUCUAUCCAUACCAGAUAUCUCAGAUGGUCACGGAGGCGUCCAGGGAAGGUUUGAGCGAGGCUGCCCUGAACCGCUACAACACAAACUCACCUUCACACACAAACUCACCUUCACACAGUCUGGCGACCACCACCACCACCACCACCACGGCACAGACCACCAGCUCCACUGCUGCCUCUUUCUUUGCCAGAGCCGCACAAAAACUGAAUUUAACAUCUAAGAAGAAGAAGCUGAAGGCCGCCACAGUGCCGGUGCCUGUGACAACAUCCUCACCAACGUGCGACUCCCAUCUUUUCCCAACUAAUUUUAGCUCCGCCCUUUUGAUCGCCCCACCCCCAGCUCCGCCCUGCCUUCUCCGUGCAGCCAAUAAGAUCAAAGACACACCUGGUCUCGGAAAGGUGAAAGUGAUGGUUCGUGUGUGUCCGGUGUCUCAGUCGGACGCUACGGCGUCCAGUUCUUUCCUCAAAGUGGACCCCAGGAAGAAACAAAUAAUCAUCAUGGACCCGUCGGCCAAUCAGAUGCCUGGCACCACCCCCCAGAAAAAAGCAGGGACCAGUCAGGUGCCUCCGAAGAUGUUUACCUUCGAUGCCGCCUUCCCUCCUGAUGCAUCGCAGGCGGAAGUGUGUGCAGGGACGGUUGCUGAGGUGAUUCAGUCGGUGGUGAAUGGAGCAGAUGGAUGUGUCUUCUGCUUUGGACACCCCAAGCUAGGCAAAUCCUACACCAUGAUCGGCCGCCAUGACUCCCUUCAGACACUGGGUAUAAUCCCCUGUGCCAUCUCCUGGCUCUUUAAGCUCAUCAAUGAGAGGAGGGAGAAGACAGGGGCGCGCUUCUCUGUUCGUGUGUCUGCAGUUGAGGUUUGGGGCAAAGAGGAGAACCUUAACGACUUACUGUCAGAGGUGGCCACAGGAAGCCUGCAGGAUGGACAGUCACCUGGAGUCUACCUGUGUGAGGACCCCAUCUGCGGCAUGCAGCUCCAAAACCAGUCGGAACUCCGUGCUCCCACACCGGAGAAAGCAGCCUGGUUCCUGGAUGCGGCGAUCGCGGCUCGCAACAGCAGCCAACGUCCCAGCAACGCCACAGAAGAAGACCACAGGAACUCCCACAUGCUGUUUACAUUACACAUUUACCAGUACCGCAUGGAGAAGGCAGGCAAGGGUGGAAUGUCAGGAGGUCGCAGUCGGCUCCAUCUGCUGGACCUUGGCAGCUGUGACGUCGGCGUACUCACAGGCGGAACGAGUGGCAAAGGCAGAGAAAACUCUUCACCCGGCUCCGCGCCUUUGUGUCUUUCUCUGUCAGCCCUUGGCAACGUCAUCCUGGCCCUGGUCAACGGGAGCAAACACAUCCCAUACAAGGAUAGCAAGCUGACCAUGUUGCUAAGGGAGUCGCUAGGCAACAUCAACUGCCGCACCACCAUGAUCGCUCACAUCUCGGCCUCUCCUGGAGACUUCUCGGAAAGUCUCUCCACCAUUCAGCUCGCAUCUCGCGUCCUCCGGAUGAAAAAGAAAAAAACUAAAGUCACCGUGCAGUACACCUCCAGCUCCUCUGGAGGAGAGAGCUCCUGUGAAGAAGGUCGCAUGCGCCGCCCCACCCAUCUGCGAGCUUUUCACCAUCGCGGUGACCCCGGUUCGGAUGUCCCGCUGCUGCGCCUGUCCAGCGACCCGGACGAGUACUCCAGCAGCGAGCAGUCAUGUGACACGGUCAUCUACGUGGGUCCCAACGGUGCCGCUGUAUCAGAUAGGGAGCUGACAGACAACGAGGGUCCGCCGGAGUUUGUGCCCAUCGUUCCUGCCUUGCUGCGAUCUAAAACAUCAGAGGUGCAGCCCGAGCCAGAGAGCCAAGAGCAGCAUGAAGGUCCAUCUCAGAUCCAGCCUGCUCAAUCGCUACUCGGGCAGCCAUUAGCCCCUGUGCCUGAGGAGGGGGCCGAGUGCCUGAAGUGCAACACCUUUGCUGAGCUGCAGGAGAGACUGGACUGCAUAGAUGGCAGUGAAGAGGUGACCAAGUUUCCCUUUGAGGAAGUUCCAGCCAGCAAACAAGGAUCCAAAGAGCCAUGCUUCCCUUCUCCGGGCUCGGCUGCUCCUGCUGAGCCUAACGCUGCUGCUCCAUUUGAUACAGAAGCCAAAACAGGGUCUCCACCUAAUCCUGGAAGUGCACUCCAGCAGUCUUCCCCCUCAGCCACCACAUCAAGGAGGAAGACCAAUGACCAGCAGCUGCAGAACAUCAAGGAGGUGGUGGAGGAGGCUGAGCUGGCCCAUACUAUGAUCCACAGUCUGGCUCAGAGUUCCAGUACUACGGCCCUCAUUACCGGGGACAGGAAUGUCACAGGAAGCAUCGCCUCUCAUCCUCUGCACAGGACUAAGGCCUCGCACCUGCAUGACAGUCAUGAGAGUCUGACCAUGGGAGGCAACACUGAAGCAAAGACACGUCCAAUUGGAUCACCGCGCCUCGGCAUCGCCAGUCUGACUAAAACCUCAGAAUAUAGGCCUCCGUUGUCACCGUCACAGCGGUGUAAAGUGUACACCCAGAAGUGUGUGAUGCCAGCGACACCUCCUCUACCUUCACAGACUUUGGCUCAGGAUGGACAAACCACAGACGCUUUGACCUCUGACAACAGUUUGGCUGCAGACAGUGGCCGCUCCUCCACUGAGUCCCCACUGUCUAGAACUUCUCCUGUGGGUAUGAGCCCCCAAGUCAAAGAUCUGAUUCCGUCCCUGUCUGCCAGCUUGGGCUCAGCUGAAACACUCUGUGACGAUGAUGUGCCCCCUAUACCCUUGGACACCCACAAGGAUGUAGCGUCCAUGGCAGUUGGACCUCACCUGCUGUGUGAGGAUGUACUAGUUUACACAGGGACUCUAAGUGGAGAAGAGGACGUCCAUAUAGAAGCUCUCAUGGCGACACAGGGUCUGGCCUGUCGUCCGACGAGCAUCAUCAGCUUCAACAGCGACGGCUGCUCCGUGGACGCCCUUGCUUCAGACUCACAGGCCUCUGCACUUCUUGGGGGCUCUGUUAAGGAUGGAGACAGCUAUCAUGUGACUGCAACUAGCUGUGGGGUUACCGAGGUGGUUGCCAAGGCCGAGGUGGCAAUGGCCAGGCUGCGCAUGGACGGGGAGGCUUUAGCGUCCACCAUGUCUCCCAUCUCCUCCUGGAUGAGUGAUCUGAGCAUGUGCAGUGAGGCUGAUCAGUCCCUCCAUAGCUUCAGCCAGUCCCAAAGUCAGCAAGGGGAGGCCUUGGCUGAAGUGAACCCUUCUUGUAGACUGGAGGCUUCAGGCAAUAAUGAAAGCAGUUUAAGCAGAGGGAGUCUUGAAGGAGAUCUGUCAGAGAAAGAGAGGGAAACUCCAACCAAGGAUAGGCUGAGAAAACUGCCUCCAUCCAUGGCUAAAACCACCAUCCAGUCUUUGACGGCACUUGGGAACCUCUCUACCUUCAAAACCCUGAUCAGUGCUCACCCCUGUGUAGCUAGUAUAAGCUCCUCCGUGAUAAACACACUACCAUUAGCUUCUAUUUCUAGUGAAAUGAACUUUGAGGACCCCUGGCUGAAGCGGGGUUUGGAGGAGAGACAUUCGAAGAGCCAUUCGGGAGAGACAACUGAAGGACCUGGGAGUGGGAACCUUCAGAAUUUCUGCAGAGAUGCAAUUGAAGAUCAUGGAGGCUCUAGUUCAGGCGGGGAGGUGGCAUCAUCCCCAGAUUCCUUCAAGAGAGUGGUGGAUGGUUGUGAGACGGUCGCUAGCAUAUUAGCCCAAGGAGAGACUUUGACUGAUAACUACAACCCAGAAAUCCAUCGAACUGCCAGUCUUCCUCGUGGCUGGCAUCGUCUGAACCGCCACGACAGCUUAGAGAACACAGCGGACUACAAGAAGAAUAUCAGUGCCACUUGUUCAACUCCUUGUAGUCCUCGCGCCACACUUGACCGACGGGGAUCAACUGGAAAACAGGGCUUUUUCUCCCACAAGAAGGGAGGCAUCCCACCUUUGCCUCCUGUACGCAAGUCCAGCCUCGAGCUGCGGAACAGGGCAGCCAGUCCACUUCAACAACCUCUUCAUGGGGGCCCCAUGCUGGGAAGCUCUUCAGAUGACGUGGUGGGGUCUGGAUGUGGCAGCAGACAACGAGGCUGCAGCACAGACAGCAGUAGACUCUUCAGUGCCAAGUUGGAGCAACUUGCUUGCAGAACUAACUCUCUGGGUCGAGCCCACAGUGGUUCCCACCACUAUGACUGCUUCUCCUUAGAAAGAGGAGAUAGCCUCAGAGGGAGUGGAUCCAAAGUUGACAGCAGCGUGCCUCGUACAGGACGCAGCCUCACCCGUGCGGGAUCGGUGUCUUCUCCUUCUGGAAACAGCUUCGGAGCCAGUCCUUGUCCGAGCAGCGCUCCGCAGUCGCCGGCAAAAUCCAGCGGCCAGUCAAAAAUCUCUGCUGUCAGUAAGCUCUUAAUGACCAGCAGUCCUAAAACCAGGAGUCUGUCUGCAUCGAGCACAAAGACGCUGAGCUUUUCUACCAAGUCUCUGAACCAGGCCUCGAGUCGAAGCUCAAGUCUGCCUCCGAAUGGAAAGACCACCAUCCAGGGUCCGGUGCAACAGCAGGGACCAUCUCCUGCAUCUUGGUCUACACAGUCUCUGAGCCGCAAUCGAGGAGGCAGCUUGGCUGCUAAGCUGCCACUGCGGGCUGUCAAUGGUCGUAUCUCAGAGCUUCUCCAAGGAAGCGCAGGCUCACGUUCAAGGAAUCACUCCCAGGGAGGAGGCGCAGAUCCAGGAGAGGAGAAAGGGAUUGGAGGAGCAGGUGGAGGGGUCGCUAUUACAGGAGGUCUUGCUGGAGGCGGUCUGGGGGAGGACAGGGCUGCAGCUGUCCAAACCCUUCCUUCUCCUUACAGUAAGAUCACCGCUCCACGAAAACCACAUCGUUGCAGCAGUGGCCAUGCCAGCGACAACAGUAGCGUCCUGAGUGGCGAGCUGCCCCCGGCCAUGGGGAAGACGGCUUUGUUCUACCACAGUGGAGGCAGUAGCGGCUACGAAAGCAUGCUGAGAGACAGCAGCGAGAACACAGGAAGUACUUCCUCGGCCCAAGAUUCCGUCAGUGAGCACAGCUCAGCCACCACCUCCUCCAGACGCAGCUCCAAGAGCAGCAAGAAGAGCAGGGGCAACGCUGGACACGUGGGAGGUCUUCAGCGUCGUCGGCUUAUCCCGGCACUGACCUUGGACUCCUCAUCCUCUUCCUCCACGUCUCCUCAUCGCACCACCAAACAGGCCAUGACGUCCUCGUCUUCCUCCUCCUCGAGCCCAGGUGCAUGCUGGGUAGAUGGCCCUCUGGGGCCACCUGCUUCCACAAACCUCCGAGGUACAGCGGCCACAACGGAGACCUUUGAGAUCAAGGUGUACGAGAUUGACGAUGUUGAACGCCUGCAGAAGAGGAGGGACAAAGGCGGGGCUAAGGAGAUGGUGUACGUCGGUAAACUCCGCCUGUUGGAGAACCGUCAGCAGCGUAUCAGCGAAGUCCGAGCAAAGUACCAGUGGUUGAAGAAAGAGCUGGAACAAACCAAACAGUACCUGAUGCUGGAGCCGCACACAUGGACUACAGAAUUUGAGCUGCAGCAGGUCUACGAUGUGGACUCUCUGGAGUAUCUGGAAGCUCUGGAAACAGUAACGGACAAACUGGAGACCAGAGUGAACUUCUGCAAAGCUCAUCUCAUGAUGAUCACGUGCUUUGAUGUGUCAUCCAGACAUCGGUAGAUGGAUGGAUGGACGGAUGGAUGGAGGAACUGCCAGGUGGGGAUGACUUUGAAUGAUGAAUUCACCUUGUAAGGAAGCAGGACACACCCAUGGAGGAAGGGAAGUAUGACUAUUCGACAUAUCUAACUGGGCUGUAAAGCAGAGGAAGCCUUCAAAUAACCAACUUUACAUGAGGAAUGUAUGUACCACCAUACUGCCAUCUUUUUUAAGUGUGACUGAGCACUUUUUAAAAUGGACAAAAUAAGAGUCUGAUAUUGUGCAGUUAUUAAAAAGACAAAUACACGCGAUGAUAAAAAAAAAAGUGCCUUGUUAACAUUUCAACAAUACCGUUAUCUACAUACUGUAUAGUAUGGUGCUAGCAUAGUGAAAUAGCCAAAAGAUUACAGUAGUGUCUUUGAAUUCAUUGCCAUUUCUUAAUGUCAUGUAUUACUGUUUCCAUAUACUGAAUGGUAAAACGUACUUAUACAGUAUAAGUGCAGGACAUCGGCCGUGAGGCUAAAAAAAAAAGGCCAACAGUUUGAAUUUUCCAGAGUGUGAACAUUUUUUUUUUAUUAUUUUUUACAAAACUUAGAAAGGGACCAAAAAUCUGUUUUUGAAGUUUUACUAUGGAGAAACUACAGCACAGUGUUUGAACAGGUACAUGUACAAGUUAGGCUGUGUUCAUGCUUGUCGGUCAAUACACUGCUGGUCCAUAACAAAAUAAUACUGUAAUUUAAAAAACACUAAAAUACAUGGUGCGCAUGUAUUGGUUUUUAUUUUGUUUUUAAAUCUUCAAAAAGACAAAUUUAAAUAACAGGUAAUUUAAAAAAGGACUUUAGGGUGUCCAUACCUUUUACACACUAAUGUACUGUAAUACUGUAUUUAUUCCAUUUAGUCAAAGACAAAGCUGUGUUAUUAUUAGUAUCAACAUUCAAUCUUUGUCUUUUUAUAUUGUGCCUUUUUGCUCUAUUUUUUGUGCUUCAUUUCAUUUCUAGCCAAUUAAAAAAACAACCACAGGCCACAAAUGGCCCCCAGGCUGCACUUUGGACACCCACGUCAAGUAUCUUAGCUGCUAAACAGUUAGCAUCCUCUUCUGUUACUAACAAACUUUGAAACACUUUUUUUCCAGCGUGUCUUUUUUGUCACGACUGCAUCUCUCCAGGUCACUGGUGUGAGUGACAGGAAGAAAAGCUUGGAAAAGUCUUAUGGCGCCAUCUGCUGUUUCGCACAUAUAAAUCUCUUGCCCCCCCCUGUAUAAAAGACAAUGUGUCUUUUUAGACUUUCUUCUCGGGGCUGUAAUACAUUGGAGUCAAUACAACCAAAAGCGCACUUCUGCUAUUUUUGUACCAGGUGAGCUGUCAUGCAAAGCUUCUAAAAUAGAUUUUUAGAAGCAACAGAGAGACAGCGCUUUUGAUGCAUUUGUCAUUUUACCAUUGGUCUGUGCAGCGUUCACGUUUGAGUCGGUCUGGGACCAAAGUGAAUGUGACAAGUGUGAGCACAGCCUUAAUCUUGUUUAUUGCAGUGUUGAUGUUGUUUUUUUUAAGUCUAAAAACAGCACAUUUGGACCAAAAUCCUGCAGGGCUCACUUAUAUAUACACUAUACAGUAUAUAUAGAUAUAGUGUACUGUACGUAUAUAUACCUUAUACAUCCUUAUACCAAGCCCCUCAAACAAACGUGAUGUCUUUUACCAUGUUUACAAUCUUUGCAGUGUUAAUACAUCCGUGGAUGGAUGCUUGUCUGGUACAGUAUUUGUAUCUGUGUUGUUGUGCUCGAUUUGAAAAGAAAGGGCAUGAUUUGAUUUGUGUGUAUUUUAUAUUAGGGUUUCCUUCCUGUCUGAGUUGAAAGCAGAUGAAACCGUGUUUGUCAGGAUUAUAGCUGUGUUAUUACCUCUUCUUGGGCCACAUUCCGUGGAGAUGAGCUGUUUCUUGGCAAAGUUGCUGACAUUACACCCCCCCACCGAUGUGAGGUUGUGGCUCUGCAAAACAUCAGCAAAUGAAGUCGCCUUUUAUUCCGUACAUUUUCACAAUGGAGUAUGCCUUAGAAGGCUCUAAAAAUGAUACAUGAAAGUAGACGUCAGUUAUUUAAAGAUUUCUUAACAAUGAUUGCUUACGUAUAUAUUGCUUGUAUUAGCGGGACAAAGUUGCAAAUUGAGUCUGGAAAUUUCGGCAAAAGGCAAUAGUUUGCAGAAGGUCAAAUUAUGCAAACCACAAAUUGAGAUAUUGUGUUUAGAAAAAAAGACAUAUAUAUUAAUAUAUACGUAAACAAAAGAAAAAUAACAGCUAAAUUAAGAAGCAGUGAUUUCUGUGGUGUUCCAUGUCUUUUUAAGACAUUGGUCAUUUCCAACCAAAAGAGUCAAAUAAAUAUUCACUUUAACCCAAAAUUUGGCAAAGGGAAUAAAUAUUUUGGGUCUCAACUGUACAAUAUAUACUGAACACAUAUCAUUUAUAUAAAGUAUUUUACUCCUUUUGGUUUACUUACUUUGCUUGUAUUACCGGGACAAAGUUGCAAAAUGAGUCUGGAAAUUUCGGCAAAAGGCAAUAGUUUGCAGAAGGUCAAAUUAUGCAAACCACAAAUGGAGAUAUUGUGUUUAGGAAAAAAAAAGACAUAUAUAUUAAUAUAUACGUAAACAAAAGAAAAAAUAACAGCUAAAUUAAGAAGCAGUGAUUUCUGUGGUGUUCCAUGUCUUUUUAAGACCAUUUUAUAUUAUCCUUCUUGGUGCUUGAGAUGUUUAUGCUCUAAAUGUUUGUACAAAUGUAAAUAUUUGAAUGAGUGAAAGUUUAAAAACAGGAGAAAUAACCUUUAAAUUGCUUCUUCUACAUGGCCAUCAUCAUAGUUGUUCCUUUAGGUGUUUAAUGUAUUCCAGAUUGGAGGUCAAGUAUGGUUUGGACCUUUUCAUGGCCGGCUGGCUAAGUGAAAGUCAUUUAUGGCAUGGCAAAGUCAUCUUGCGUCAAAACUACACGUAUGUUUGAUAACCUGGCUCUGUCAUGUGUGUUUAUAAAGAGAAGGUGCAACAGCUCAAUGUUUCCUAUUUUAUCUCUCAGUGGAUAAGAGUCUAUUUAUUUCAGCUCAGCAGGACAGGUGUAUUUAUUUAAAUAUCAUUUAAAAAGUUACUAUGCAUUGAAAUGAAUAUGUAUAUAUAUGUUGCAGAGCCCAUUGCAUAUACUAAGUACAGUUAAGACCAACAUUAUUCAUACCCUGGCCAUUUUUUUAGCUGGUGUAUUAUAGUCUUAUUUUAGCCUUUAACUGGAAAUGACACCAGAAUGAGGAAAAUGACUCUUUAUUCCUCCUCUCAAUACAUGCAUUUCAAUAUAAAGUUAAUUAGAAUGUUGUAAAAUAAGGGGUUCUUAACCUGGGGCUGACAUUUUGUCCCAUGUCAUAUUUUUAAGCAAAAAUGACACAUAAUUACACGUGCAAAGUGCAUUUCACGGUACAUUAUUAAGGAAAUGAGGAUGCACAUAAAUACAUACGAAAUAGGGAAUGAAGAAAAGACGACAAAAUGACAUAUUAUAUUAGUCACCAGAUACCAAAGAGGAAGAUGCCUUUUCAAAUAGUUUUAUUUAAAAAUAAAGUAAACCACUCACACGCGAGCUGUUUAUCAUUUUUUUCCGUUCUGCAUAAUUCUGCAACCUACUUUUGUGUCUUGAGAAUCCCUUUAUGCAUAUUAUGCAUGAAGUUAUCCUUCAGAAAGGUGCAAAAGGUGGUGUUUACUGACAUUUUUUUUGUGUGAAAAAAAAUCCAACAUUUUUCAAUAUGUAGAAAACAAUGAAAAUGGUGAAUAUGUUUGUGAAUAUGUCUUAGAAAGAGUUGGGCCUCUCAUCAGAGUCACAAGUCCAUGCUCCAAGAUGAUAGGUACGAAUGAGACCAAUGCAAUGGACUAGAUCAGGGGUGGGCAAACUACGGCCCGGGGGCCACAUGUGGCCCACCAAGUGUUUGAAUCCGGCCCGCCAGUUGCUUUUUAAGUAUUUCAAUUAUUAACAUACAAAAUGGCAACAUGACUUGCUCGUCGGAUGUCUUAUUUCAUAAAAAAACCCAAAAACAACAAAACAGUAAAAUGAAAUAGUUUGAGGUGGUCUGAUGUUUAAAGUGCUCCUUAUACAGCUGAUAGUAUAACACUUUUACAGAUAAAAUUAGACAAAUAAUUCAAGGAAAAUUAUAAGCAUAAACAAGUGUGUGUGUGUGUUAAAUAUAUGUUCUGGACCCCCGGAAUUUUAACUGAAUGCGGCCCACAAGCCAAAUUAUUUGCCCACCCCUGGCCUAAAUGGAUGAGAAUAUUCACAGACGUGUUUCAUCAACUUGUCAGUCUCUCGUGUCAUUUCCAACCAAAAGAGUCAAAUAAAUAUUCACUUUUACCCAAAAUUUGGCAAAGGGAAUAAAUAUUUUGGGGCUCAACUGUACAAUAUAUACUGAACACAUAUCAUUUAUAUAAAGUAUUUUACUCCCUUUGGUUUACUUAGUGACUAAUGUUGCUUUUUUUAUACAGUAUUUAACAUUAUUGAUUAUUAGCCAGGUGGGUUAGUGGAGCAUGCACAUUUCCAGUGUGAAGAUGCUAUGUGUGAGAUUUAUUUCACGAGUCGGCAAUACCUUUUCAACUCUCUGAUGUCAACUUUCAGGAAUGAUGCUUUAUAUAAAAAGUGAUUCAUCACAAGGUAUUUAUGUGUUGUAUGUAAAGCUGACACACAGCAUCUUAAGUGUGGGUAGAGAAAUGCAAGGUCAUCCCUGAAUAAUGACCACAUUUUCCCAAAUGACACAAAAAAAGUAAUUGACUUGUGAUCAUUUCUAGUAGUCCAUUUUUUUUUUGUUUGUUUGUUUUUUUUAAAGUUUGUCAGUUGUAAGUGCCAAUCUGUUCUGCGGAAAGAAUGAGUGGAGAUCUGCGCUCGCUCAGUGUGGAAAAACAAGUAUGUGAUGUGUGAUAUUCUCUGUGCAUGAUUCAAGGCUGGAACGUCUUUGACACAGCGUGU